UAGGUGCUUUGGGGUUUCCUAUGCGAGGUAUGAACAGCAGUGCAGCGCCUCAGUUAAGUAGAAGUGGUUUGAACCAAUCUACCAACCAGCUCCCCAGUCAUGCCAGUACAGCCAACACUGGAACGAUGCACACGCCUCCCUCACCGAGCAGGGGGAUUCUACCAAUGAGCACCCGGACCGUGCUGAACCACAGCCAGCAGGUGGGGGGGCCGACGGGGCAGACGGGGGGAGUGAUGGGGGGGGUGGGAGUGGAGAGGGGGGGAGGAGGUGGGAGGAGCAGCAUGGGGAGCCCCAACCGGUCGUCACCCAGCAUCAUCGGGAUGCCCAAACAGCAGCAAGCACGGCAGCCUUUCACCAUCAACAGUAUGUCAGGGUUUGGUGUGAACAGGAAUCCAGGCUACAACAUGAACAACUCCUUAUCCAACAACAUCUUCAACGGCACAGACGGCAGUGAGAAUGUGACGGGGUUGGACCUGUCGGACUUCCCGGCGUUGGCGGACAGGAGUCGGAGGGACGGAGGUUCGAAUCCCACACCGCUGCUCAACCCGCUGGCCGGUCGGGCCCCGUACGUUGGCAUGGUAACCAAGCCGUCCAAUGAGCAGUCUCAGGACUUCUCGAUCCACAACGAGGAUUUCCCGGCUCUCCCGGGUCCGAACUACCAAUCAAAAGACCCCACGAGCACCAACGAAGACAGCAAAACGAAUCUGAACUCGUCGGGAAAGCCCGCCUCCAACUCGGAUGGCCCAAAGUUCCCCGGCGACAAGAGCUCCGCCCCUAGCAACAACAACCAGCAGAAGAAAGGGAUCCAGGUGCUCUCAGACGGACGGGUGACCAACAUCCCCAUCGGCAUGGUAACAGACCAGUUCGGGAUGAUCGGCCUGCUGACGUUCAUCAGAGCGGCGGAGACGGACCCGGGGAUGGUUCACCUGGCUCUGGGCUCUGACCUCACCACGCUGGGCCUCAACCUCAACUCACCGGAGAAUCUCUACCCUAAGUUUGCGUCUCCGUGGGCGUCGGCUCCGUGUCGACCGCAGGACAUUGACUUCCACGUCCCCUCAGAGUAUUUAACCAACAUCCACAUACGGGACAAGUUAGCAGCGAUCAAGUUGUCUCGUUAUGGAGAAGAUCUGCUGUUUUAUCUUUAUUACAUGAACGGAGGAGACUUACUACAACUGCUGGCUGCAGUAGAGCUGUUCAACAGGGACUGGCGGUACCAUAAAGAGGAGCGGGUUUGGAUCACCAGAGCUCCGGGUAUGGAGCCCACGCUGAAGACCAACGCCUACGAGAGAGGGACCUACUACUUCUUCGACUGCCUCAACUGGAGGAAGGUGGCGAAGGUAAACUCACCUGUUGUUACCUGUUCCUGAUACACGGAGCUCCGGAUGUACAAGUACCACAAUUAUCAUUUAUUUCUGUGAUUAAUACAUUCAUAGAAACGUCCUACAGCCUCAGGAGAAGUCCUCACAUGUCCUGUUUCAUCCGUCUUAACUGUCCAAAACCUAAAGAAUCCACUUUACUUUCAUCUAAAAUAUCACAUUUUAGAAGUUUUAAAUAUCAAAUGUUUUGCAUUUCUGCUUUUAAAAUGACUUGAAACCAAAUACUCUAUUAUUAAA